AAUAGCGCUCAUCUGAUACAAUGCAUACCGUUCAUACCACUCAUAGUUGGUAUGAUCACAUAUAAAAUACACGGUAAAUUUUCUUCACAAUACAUCAUUGCUGAGAACACUAAAUGAACGAGCGAACAUGGCAUAGACAGCAUGGGGAUCUUCACUUCGGCACUUUCGAGAAAGGAGGAAUCCGCAGAGUUACUUCCCUUAAAACAGAGAGUCGAUGUAGUCGUCUGUAGCGGCAGUCUUUCAAACAGCGUCGAGGGGCUCAUCCAACAUAUAAGACAACACAUGAACGAUGUUGUCAGGACCGUAAGGUUUGAGACACUGCCCUACAACAUUAGUGAUAUGAACAGGUUUGACCUGACCGGUAUAGAUGUUCUGCUUCUGUGUCACUCCAUACACAACAGACGAUUCUCUAUUACUGAUGUCACUGAUUCUAUCUACGACGGGUUCUUGCAGCGCGCCAGAAAAACCCUCGGAAAAAGUAAAGUUGGAGUCAUCGCUCACGAUUUUUCAGAAGGUGACCUUUCACCUGAAAUCCUUCUAUCCAAGAUGGAGUCAUUCCGGUACACCCAACACACCACGUUCGAAUGUGCAUCCCUGGCUUUGAUUGGCGGAAAGCUCGACGAAGGGGACGUCCAACUGACAGAGGAUCAACUGGAAGAACUUGAGCACUUCUUUAUCAAAGCCUCUUCCCCACCAGUUGAAGAGAGAGUAAUAGUUACCACGAGAAGGUACUUUCAUCGUUUAACGUGUUUUAUAUGUGAGUAAAAUGGACGGACGCUAAAGUCAGGUUACGCGACGACUCUACCCGACGCGAUGGAAUGGAACAAGCCCUACUGCUCUAUCUCAAAGGCAGUUUUCACAACUUAGGGAGAGUUUUCGCAUCUGCAUGGUGACAGAUUCAAGAACACAGCAAAUAAAUUGAAAAUGCCAGUCAAAUGACAAAGAGGCUGGAAGGUCUUUGUCGAACCGGAACAGCAGUUUUGUCAUAUGUUUAGGAGCUGACGAAAAAUCGCAUGUAGGUAGAUUGUCCAGAUUCCAGGGGGGGGGGGUGUUUUCAUCAAUAUUUUCUUCCGACAAGUUGUAAGAUCUGACAACUUUCCUGGAUUCUGAUUGGUUGAGAAGCAUUGUUACUAUAGUAACUUUCGGAUAAAACGUCCGACAAGUCCUUUCAUGAAACCCUCCCCAGGACGGAACUGCUGUUAUGAUUCACCUAAAAUCGGCAAAGACUUCUCGUUGUGCUUUGGCAUGAAUACCAUUUGACAAUACAUUGUCUAUGUUCUUGAAAACCAUCAUGCAUUUGGGAAGCGACGGGAGUGGAUGUUGAGAUGGAGGCCGUCAAAGUCAAUGAUUUACAAAUGAUUCUUUGUGCUACCAUUAAAAAAAUGGGGAGAGGAGCGAGCAUUCUUUUCUUUUUGUUUAUCAUUGGUCACCUUUAUUUCAUCAUGCUUAUCGAGCAAAAGUUGGUGCAAACAAUUUUCUUGACUUGCUCUUUUGUAUUUAUAGUUCUACACAGGUUCCACUAUCAUAAUAUUUGUCUUUUUAAAGGAAAUGGUUAUUUUUUGUUAACUCUUGAAUUCUGAGAAUAAGAAUAUGGAAGAGGUGGAGGAGGAGGAGAAGAAGAAGAAGAAGAAGGGAAGGGAGGACGAAGAGGGAGAGGAGGAGAAUAAGAAGAGUCAGAAGAAACCGAAACGAGUUUCUAUGAUGCGGUGGAAAUAAUUUUGUUGACUUACACUUUUGUAUAUUUAUCUUUAUAGAUUUACGGAUAUAUAGACAUGGUUCUGCAAUAAUUAUACAGGACAUUAUAUUCAUCCCAUACAGUUUUAAAUUUUACCUAUGAAUUUUAUUUUGCGUAACGGAGAUGAAAAAGGAGGAGAAGGAAGAGGAGAAGAAGAAGAAGAAGAAGAAGAAGAAAAAGAAGAAAAGAAUAAGAUGCAGAUGGAGUCGAACAAGGGGGCGGGAUGUGAAUGACAUAAUAAAGGUAUAUAAUUAACUAUCUUUGAAAAUAACACAAUAUGAAAAAGUAAAAAAAUAAUACAAAGAGAAACGAAGAAGACGAAAGUAAGAAAUGAAUAAUGCACAUAAAAAUGAACGGGAGAGGGAGAUCGGUAUUAUUGGUGAAAUUCAAAAUGGAUUCUUUCACAAUCUUGGCUUAGGUCUCACGGGCCUAAUUACUAGUGGCAGGCCAUAGAUAUUCAUUCG